GGUAUAGACCUGUGUGUGUAGGGCAUGUGCGCCCCUCCUCUAGCUGGUGACGGAUAAUAGUAGUGGGUGUGAGGUGGAUUUGAACUUGAAGCCGGGGCAGAUUGGAGGAGACUCCUAGCUGAUGUCCGAGUAGACUGCGCUCUGAGGAGAGAAAGAGAGCUCUAUACAGCGGGAACUAGAACGUAUAUUAAUUAGUCUGGUUCUGGAACUAGAAUCCGGGAUCUUUGGAAACUUGAUCGAAAACUUAGUUGGUGGAUAUCUGGACCCAAGGUUCUAUAGAAAUGUUACAUCUCAGACACCUGCUCUGGCUGAUGUUUCUCUGUUCUGCUUUAGCUGAAAAAGAUCCAUCAUGGAGGAUGACGGUAGAGAAGGCUGCCCCCGUUAGUGGUUCUCUGGCUGGCAGGGUGGUGCUACCAUGCCACUUCUCCAUCACCCCCACCACACACACCCCCACACUCACCCCUAGCACCCAGGGCCCAGAGGACCAGCUGAGGAUCAAGUGGAGCAAGGUGGAGGGAGAUGGGGAGCGUGUGGUGCUGGUGGCCCAUGGAGGAGUGAUCAAGGUGGGGCAGGAGUACAAGGGAAGGGUGUCUGUGCCCAGCCACCCCCAGGCAGUAGGGGAUGCCUCGCUGAUCGUUGUCCACCUGAGGGCUAGCGACGCUGGGCUCUAUCGCUGCGAAGUCAUGCAUGGGAUGGAGGACACCCAGGAUACUGUUCAUCUCAAUGUCAGUGGUGUGGUGUUUCACUACAGGUCUAGCUCUAGUCGUUACACCUUGUCCUUCCCUGGGGCCAUUGACGCGUGUCUCGCUGCCGGGGCCACCAUCGCUACAGCCGAACAGCUGACCGCCGCCUUCGAGGACGGACUGGACCAGUGUGACGCCGGCUGGAUAGCUGACCAGACUGUCAGAUACCCAAUCACGAAGCCCCGUCCUGGUUGCAUGGGCGAUAUGAAGCACAGACCUGGGAUCAGGACGUAUGGGCUCAGAGACCCUAAAGAGACCUAUGACGUCUACUGCUAUGUAGAUAAACUACACGGCGAGGUGUUCUACACUCCUGUCAGCUACAAGCUGACCCUUCGCCAGGCCAAGCAUGAGUGUGAGAGGCAGGGGGCGGUGCUCGCCUCCCCUGGUAACCUGUUCGCUGCGUGGCGUGGAGGACUGGAUCGCUGUGAUUACGGCUGGCUGUCAGAUGGCAGCGCCCGCUACCCCAUCUCCGUCCCCAGGCCCCAGUGUGGAGGAGGGCUGCUGGGGGUCCGGACCCUGUACCGAUUCCCUGACCAGUCAGGCUUCCCCAACCCUAUUGACAGACAUGGAGCUUUCUGUUUCAAGGGGAAGGAACCAGAGAUCACCUCUCCUGGACCUGUGACGACCACAGACGCUCUCAGGACAGACACAGCUCCAGACAAACCUGAUGCCAUCUACCACACAGGCAGAACUGACCACACAGUUACAGACAGAACUCACACAGCCAGAACUGACCACACAGUUACAGACAGAACUCACACAGCCAGAACUGACCACACAGUUACAGACAGAACUCACACAGCCAGAACUGACCACACAGUUACAGACCCAACUCACACAGCCAGAACUGACCACACAGUUACAGACAGAACUCACACAGCCAGAACUGACCACACAGUUACAGACCUGAUUCACUCAGCCAGAACUGACCACACAGUUACAGAACCAAAUCACACAGCCAGAACUGACCAAACAGUUACAGACAGAACUCACACAGCCAGAACUGACCACACAGUUACAGACCCAACUCACACAGCCAGAACUGACCACACAGUUACAGACCCAACUCACACAGCCAGAACUGACCACACAGUUACAGACAGCACUCACACAGCCAGAACAGACCACACAGUUACAGACAGAACUCACACAGCCAGAACUGACCACACAGUUACAGACAGAACUCACAUAGCCAGAACUGACCACACAGUUACAGACAGAACUCACACAGCCAGAACAGACCACACAGUUACAGACAGAACUCACACAGCCAGAACUGACCACACAGUUACAGCCAGAACUCACACAGCCAGAACUGACCACACAGUUACAAACAGAACUCACACAGUUACAGAGAAACCUCACCCCACAGACAGACCACACCAGACUACUGCAGAGCAAGACAGAAGUCAGCAUGCAGGUGGACUACAUGAGACAGCUUAUACAGGCACAGACAGACAUCACACAGCUACUGACAGAACACACACCACCAAACACAAACAUCACACCACUGACUAUACGCCAAUAGACAAAGACAGAACUACAGGCAGAAAGACAGACUUCUCUGUUGGUACCACUCUGUUCCCUGAGUAUGACGUGGAUGACUUUGGCCCAGACCUAACCAAGGUAGAGUCAGUUCCAAGCAGGGGUGAUACCCUGUUCCCUAUGCAGCUGCCCCCUCUCCCCACCACCCGCUCCCAGCCCAUCCACCCCCACCUCGACAUCAACCAGGGGGGAGGCCAGGUGGGACAGGGAGAGACUCAGAUAGGCUCAGGCAGAGGGGAGAGCAGUGGGAGUGGGGAGGGGAGCAGUAGUGAUGGGGGAAGUGAGGGGGAGGACAGGGUAGUAGUGAUUCCUACACAGGGCUUCAUGGCCGGGACAGGGAUGGGAUCAGACCCUUCACGCCCAGGACAACCAGGUUACCCAGGACGUCCAGGGUCAGUCACCCCAGAGCAGGGCCAACCAGGCUGGGACAGAGUGACAGGACAGAAGCCUGCUGUGGUCUACAAGGAGGAGGAGGGCCAGAGCUCUAGAAAAACAACCCAUAGCAUAGCAGGAGCCAUGGAAUCAUACAGCGUGGACCAAUCGGUGGCGAUCCCUCAUGAGGCAUCUCCCACCAAACCACCCUUCCACCUCAUCAUUGUCAACGUGUAUGACAAGAACCAAACAGUCGACCACAUCCUGCAGAUCCUUGGCCAGCCUCUAGGGGGUAAUGGAGAUUUCCAGUCCCCUCUCAUCCCAGCCUUCCCAUUCAUCCAGACUGAGGCCAUCCAGGGCAGCGAUGACAGUAUCCAUCCCAUCACUCUUCCCCCAACACUCAGCUUCAUCAACGGGAAACACCAGGUGACUCUGGAGCCAGAGCUGCCGGGGAAGGAGCAGGAGGCGAGAGGAGACCAGUUUGAGACGGCCACACCAGUCCUCAGUGAACUGGGAGAAGAGAUGGAUCAUGAUGAGGAGGAGAAGAGACUCAAUCCCUUUGACUAUGGAGCCAUUCAUACUGGAGAGACCAGAGAGUCCACUACUACAGACAGAGACACAGACAGAGACACAGACAGAGACACAACUACAGACAGAGACACAGACAGAGACACAACUACAGACAGAGACACAACUACAGACACAGACAGAGACACACACACAUACAGAGACACAGACAGACACACAACUUCAGACACAGACAGAGAUACAGACAGACACACAACUUCAGACACAGACAUAGACACAGACAGAGACACAGACAGAGACACAGAUAGACACACAACUUCAGUCACAGACCGAUAUACAGACAGAGAGAGGACACAGACAGGAGGAAAGACAGAAAGCUCCAAAGAAACAACCCCUUCUUCCCUACACACAUCCUCAGUCUCUUCCCCAGGCUCUUCCCCAGGCUCUUCCCCAGUCUCUUCCUCAGGCUCUCCCUCAGUCUCUUCCCCAGGCUCUUCCUCAGUCUCAUCCCCAGUCUCUUCCCCAGUCUCUUCCCCAGUCUCUUCCUCAGUCUCUUCCCCAGUCUCUUCCCCAGUCUCUUCCCCAGUCUCUUCCUCAGUCUCUUCCCCAGUCUCUUCCUCAGUCUCUUCCCCAGUCUCUUCCCCGGGCUCUUCCUCAAUCUCUUCCCCAGUCUCUUCCCCAGGCUCUUCCUCAGUCUCAUCCCCAGGCUCUUCCUCGGUCUCUUCCCCAGUCUCUUCCCCAGGCUCUUCCUCAGGCUCUUCCCCAGGCUCUUCCUCAGUCUCAUCCCCAGACUCUUCCUCGGUCUCUUCCCCAGUCUCUUCCCCAGUCUCUUCCCCAGGCUCUUCCUCAGUCUCAUCCCCAGUCUCAUCCCCAGUCUCUUCCCCAGGCUCUUCCCCAGGCUCUUCCCCAGGCUCUUCCUCAGUCUCUUCCCUAGUCUCUUCUUCAGUCUCAUCCUCUGGUUCCCCCGAUACUUCCCCAGAUGGCAUCUUCCCCUAUGAGGACAUGGAGUGGUCAAGCGGCCAUACCCAGGAGGGCUCAGCAGAUGAUACCCGGCCCACCCCAGCCUCAGAUAGCCAACCAGGUGUGGUCACGGACGAGACAGAGAUUGGAGGGGCGGAGAGCGUCGCACACACUCCAUCUCACACACACUACACUUACACCAGAGACAAACAAACUCCCUCACAGACCGAGGUAGGAGACUUUGAGGGGUCUACGUCGACAGAAGAGGAAGGCUCGGCCCAGGAGGUGUACCCACAUGAAGACCCCAGAUUCACCAGCCCUGGCAGCCCUGGAGCCAUUGAGGCUCCCCUGGUGGGGCCUGGGGUGGAAGGACAGGUGACUGUUACACCCGAACCGGGAGCCAGACCAGGAGCCAGACCAGCCCAGGGAGGAGAGACUGUCGGAGACCGCAAUGCACAUCACAUAGACUCUUCUACACAGCACACAGACUACCCCCUCCAGCCUACCACGCAGGAUAAAAAUCUCUCCACUCACACUAAGGAUCAGACCAGAUACCCACCUACACAUGGGAAAGACCAAACCACCCAGCAUGCCACACACGAUAGAGAUCACUCCACAUACACUAAGGAUCAUACCAGAUACCCCACUACACAAACCACCCAGCAUCCAACACAUGAUAGAGAUCACUCCACACACACUAAGGAUCAGACCAGAUACCCCACUACACAAACCACCCAGCAUCCAACACAUGAUAGAGAUCACUCCACACACACUAAGGAUCAGACCAGAUACCCCACUACACAAACCACCCAGCAUCCAACACACGAUAGAGAUCACCUCACACACACUAAAGAGCAAACCAAACAACCCUCUCACCCUAGAUUCCCCACCACCCACCACCAGGAGAAAACCAGCCUCUCUAGCACACAUCAGAAGACCACACUGCACCUGAACCUGACACACACACCCCCUGCACACCCCUCCACUCCACCUUCCACCCGCCCCUCCACUCCACCUCUCACCCGCCUUUCCACUCCACCUUCUGCACAUCCCUCCACUCCACCUUUCACCCACUCCUCCACUCCACCUCCUGCCCACCCCUCCACUCCACCUCCCACCCACUCCUCCACUCCACCUCCUGCCCACCCCUCCACUCCACCUCCUGCCCACCCCUCCACUUCAUUUCCCAUCCACUCCUCCACUCCACCUCCUGCCCGCCCCUCCCGCCCCAUCCCUGACUGGGCCCUGACCACCCAGACCCUCCUGCCUGAUGGGGAGGAGUUUGUUGAUUAUGACCAUGUGAAUGGUUCUCCUCUGCUGGAGGCCAGUCCCCCUGUUCCUGAGGAACCCCAGUCCACCUAUCAGCCUGAAACAGGAACUGACUACUACAUUGAGGCCCAGACCAUCGAUGUCAGACCUCUGCAGCAGUGCACGGUAAAUGUGUGUCUGAACAAAGCAUCUUGCUACCAGAGAGGCAACGCCAGCAUCUGUGUAUGUGCACCUGGAUACACCGGACAGCGUUGCCAAACAGAUGUUGAUGAGUGCCAAUCCAACCCAUGUGCUAAUGGAGCCACCUGUAUGGACGGAGUCAACUCCUUCAGCUGUGUGUGUCUACCCAGCUACGCAGGACAGCUCUGUGAACAAGACACGGAGGUGUGUGAGUAUGGCUGGCAGAAGUUCGAAAGCCAUUGUUAUAAGUACAUCACCCACCGUCGGACAUGGGAUGCUGCCGAGAGAGAGUGUCGUGUCCAAGGAGCCCACCUAGCCAGUGUCCUGUCACAGGAGGAGCAGCUGUAUGUCAACCGUCUGGGCCAUGACUACCAGUGGAUCGGUCUGAACGACAAGAUGUUUGAGAGAGACUUCCGCUGGACAGACGGCAGCAUCAUGCAAUAUGAGCACUGGCGUCCCAACCAGCCAGACAGUUUCUUCCAAUCUGGAGAGGACUGUGUGGUGAUGAUCUGGCAUGAGGGAGGACAGUGGAAUGAUGUACCCUGCAACUACCACCUCACCUUCACCUGCAAGAAGGGCACAGUCUCUUGCAGCCAGCCCCCAUUGGUGAAGGAUGCCUGUGUGUUCGGUUCUAUGAAGCCUCGUUAUGAGAUCAACACUCUGGUUCGUUACCACUGUAAAAAUGGCUUCAUACAGAGACAUGUCCCUACCAUCCGCUGCCGUGACAAUGGCCAAUGGGACAGCCCCAAGAUCACCUGUAUGAGCCCCGCUACGUACCAGAAGGCUUUCGUUUCUCGGCAACGUACCGAUAAUCACAAUCAUAACCAGAAUCAGAACUAUCGAAACCAACAAUACAACAAUUAAAACAACCAAGACCAACAGAAGAAUUACAACUAGCAACGUCAGGGCAGCCGUAACCAGCAGCAACAGAGCCAGAGAGAGACGUGACAUCAACACUAAUCUGAUUUCUGGUCAGUCCUUAAAAGCGCAGAUAAGGUUGCAAAAUUCCAGUAACUUUCCCAAAAUUCCAAAGUUUUCCAGAAAUCCUGGUUGGAGGAAUCUGAAUUUCCUGUUAUUCCCUCCUGAUUCCAGGACUCUUCCAAUGGGGAUUUCUGGAAUUUUGAGUAAUGUACUAAUCCCAGACAGUCUGAUAAGAUCCAAGGGGUUAGCUAGGGCCAGACGCAUUGACAUACUUUCAGAACUAUUUAUAAAUAUGUAUAGCUAGGUCCCUGGAUAGGGCCAUGGGGUAUUUCACAAGGCAUAAUCACAAUCAGCAAGCUAACUCUGAUAAACUCUCAUUAAACACAGGUUUAAUAAACAUUGUAACACAGAGUAUUGAGUCCAUUUCAAAUUCAACUAGGACAAAUGAAGUUUCAGAAUAUUUUUGAAGUUAGUUGGCUAACUUGAUCUUGAUCUUGCUUAGUGAAAUCCACCCCAGAUCACGUCUGAUUCUUCCGACAACACACACACACUGCCUUAAUGGUUAACACAGCUACAGUGUCCGUCUCGAGAACAGGAGAGCUUCUCUGUGCCUGCUCUAGAGGGACACAUCUCAAUCCAAUGCUUUCUGAAAAUGUCCACUUUAUGCUGUUUCUUUUUCCUGAGAAACAAUCCACUGAAAAGACAUAUAAAAUAUAUAUUUGGCUCACUACUAGAAUGUGUGCCUGUGCCCUGGUGACAAGUUUGCAAUUAUUCCAGUGAAAGAGACCCGAGUUUAUUAUUUGGAAUAAUGAGCAUUCACAUAAUCACAUCAGAAAGUUAUGAAGGUUUAUAUGAAUCAUUCCAUAUUUUCUGCUCACAGAAUGGAAGAUAGAAGUUGAUUGUUCUCAUAUACAACCCCCUUCAGAACAGCUUCAGUUUGUCGUGGCAUGGACUCUACAAGGUGUUGAAAGUGUUCCACAUGGAUGCUGGCCCAUGUUGACUUCAAUGCUUCCCACAGAAGGGUCAAGUUGGCUGGAUGUUGUUUAGUUGGUGGACCAUUACUGAUAAAUACAGAAAACUGUUGAGUGUUAAAAACCCAGCAGCGUUGCAGUUCUUGACACAAACCAGUGCGCCUGGCCCCUACUACCAUGCCCCGUUCAAAGGCACUUAAAUAUUUUGUCUUGCCCAUUCAUCCACUGAAUGGCACACAUACACAAUCCAUGUCUCAAGGCUUACAAAUCCUUAUUUAACCUGUCUCCUCCCCUUCAUCUACACUGAUUGAAGGGGAUUUAACAGGUGACAUCAAUAAGGGACCAUAGCUUUCACCUGGAUUUACCUGGUCAGUCUAUGUCAUGGAAAGAGCAGGUGUUCUUAGUGUUUUGUAUACUCAGUGUAGACUUGAUUCAAUAUUGUGCAUACAGGCAGUAUGUCAUGUGAAUUCAUUUUAUGUAAAAAAAUAUAUAAAAAUAAUGAGCCACAUGUUCAUCACCAUCUUUGGUCAAUUAAAAAGUCACUAUGAAGUGCAAUCGUUGUUCAUGACAAGUGACUGUUAGCAUAUGGAGCAUAGAAGGGAUAUCUGGGACAGUCACCUCCUGCAGUGGCUCUCCAGCGUAUUAAAAACAUCAGUAAUACCUUCAUCGUAAAGAUAAUGUUUUUAAAAAAAAUGUUAUACAAACAGUAUGUAUACAAUGAUAAAGAGGAAAAUAUAGAGUAUAAUGAAUGUCAGGUAUGUGGGUGAACGUGUGCUGUAGCUAGAGACCUGACUCAUAAGAUAGAGGAUAAAAGUUAUAUAUUAAGACAUAUCCAUUUCAUUUAUUGUAUAUGUUACACCAAUGAAUGGACUGUGAUACUGUUAAAGGUCAUGAGAACUGAAGUGAUUUUUACAACAAUGACUUAUUUUGCUGUUUACAAAAAUCUGCCUUGUACCUUGCAGAGAAAGACCAGUAUCUUACAUUAUGUCUCAUUUCAGUUCUUUAUGUUGCACACAACCUGUUUAGUAAAGUUAUACAAUCCAGAUAUGUGAGCUGUUACCGUGCUGGGCAGGGGGUUGACCUGUACCCGAGAAUCCCCCCAAACUGCUCUCAACAGAACCAACUUUGAGAAACACUCAGGUCGUGUUCCCCUGCUCAGACAAUGCAUGUAUCAACCAAUUGAUGCAUGCCAGAUCACCAUUAGGCGCCAGAUUGCUGUAACAUAUGAAUUUGUUGGCUGAUACGUAAAAUACCUAUCCAGGCACAUCUAAGCAGAGUAACACAACCUCAAAGACACUUGAACUAUGACCUUUUAGAAAUACAAAUGAUUCCUUUUUACGUAAGGAACAUUUUUGAUCCCCAAAAAAUAGCUCAAAUACCUUUUCAGUAUAUCCUGUUACUAUCGUCUGUAAAAUAUCUGUAUAAAUCAAUUGCUCCUGAUUAAGCAUGAACAACAGUACAAAGAGGAGACUGUAUUGACAGUUUAUCGGCUAAUAUCGCUGUUCCUCAGUUAGAAGAUUCUGCUGCAUUUGUCUUCUUUGUUUACUGCCUUCAUACAUUCUGUUUGCUCUGUUUUUAUCAUGUCUGUUUCUACUCAGAGUUUUUUGGGAAUACUGUAUCGGAGGAGGGAGAGGGAAUGUGAUUUAUCAGAGAAUACUUUGUCUGUUUUUAUGUUUAUGUUGUGUAUGUCGCCAAAGACCCACUAAUAAUGUACCUAUACACCAUCCUCUGCUCCAUCGCAACUUCUGCUGUGUGUGCAAUAAAAAUAUUAUAACGGA